CACCGUUCACACUUCCUCCAUAUUUCGAGGCAGGGAGUGACGCACGUCCCGGUGAAUUUUGUUUCCCAGUUGAUCCCUGAUGUGAGCGAUAAUCAAGUGAGAUACGAGCACACCGCGAUCGCUACGGUGGAGAGAACGUGAUGCUGAUACACUAGCAGCUAUGUCGCCCACGAGUGAACUGAAGUGCCUCAGUGCUCCUGCUGGGGGCGGCGGGGAGGGUGAGGGGAGCCGGCGAGUUCUGGUGGCGGAAGAGAAGGUGAUGCAAGAGGAGGGAGGAGAGGGUGAGGGGAGGGAGGAAGCCCUGACGGAAGAACUGAUACAAGAUAUUCUGGGCCCGGAAGACGACACACAAUGUGUGGGCGGUGCGAGGGGCGGGGCGUUGCAGCGGCUGGCCACGCCCAUGACCUACCUCGUGCUGUCCAGUGCCUCGGCUCUCGUGCAGGGAAUGUUCUACACGUUUGCCAAUGCCACCCUGUCCACCAUAGAGCGACGCUUCAGGCUGCCCAGCAAAGUGUCUGCUUUCAUCACAACGGGGAACGAUCUAGUGCAGCUCUUCUUCGGGAUACCCCUGGCGUAUGUCGCUGGGAGAGGACAUAGACCGAGGUGGCUGGCGCUGAGCAUGCUGGGAGCUACCGUCGCCUGCCUCCUCGCCACCAGCCCUCACUUCAUCUUCGGCCCCGGUGAUGCAGCCGCCGCCGUGACGCAAGACUUGACACCCAGCGGAAAGGGGCUGUGCAUGGGGCAGGAGAGUGGCGGCAACUCGUCGUGUGGUGCUGAGGGCGUGGCCAUCAACACGGAGCAGUACACAGUGGUCAUCCUCCAUCUCUUGGCGCAGGUGCUGGCGGGUCUGGCGUCUCUCAUGUACUAUACUGUAGGACACACUUAUCUGGAUGAUGCUGUGAGGAAAGACAAGGUGCCGCUGUUUUUAGCCAUAUCGGGAUGUGUACGCAUUCUGGGCCCCGUAUGUGCCUACUCCCUGGCGUCGUGGUGCCUGUCCAUGUGGGUAGACCCGUCUCAGGAGCCUCCCCUGCCCCCCAGACACCCGCACUGGAUCGGUGCCUGGUGGAUAGGCUACCUUGUGAUCGGCACGUGUCUGGCCGUGGAGGCGUGGCUGCUGGCGCUGCUGCCCAAGACCCUGCCCGGCACGCGGCGGAGGGCAGUGCGGGAGCUGCGGCAAGCGGCGUCGAAGGGCGGGGUGAGGGCUGUGCAAAAGUUAGCGGCCACACUCCGUCCCGGCAACCACAGCCCGAUAAGAGAUCUGCUCGGGGGUCUGCGGCGCCUGGUGCGGAACAAGGUGUACAUGUUGGUGGUGGUGAAUCAGUCCCUCUUCUGGUUCGCUUUCAUCGGCUACAUCACCUUCAAGCCAAAAUUCCUGGAGCACCAGUUCAAGAUGUCUGCUGCGCGUGCCAACCAGUACAUAGCGGCGGCGGCAACGGCUGCUACCUUGGCGGGCUGGCUCAUGACGGGGGCAACACUCUCGCUGAUCAAGCCUCGCUCACGCACAGUCCUCAUCUUCAUGGCCUGCCUCUCUAUCACCAACUGCGUCCUGCACCUCAGCAUGGUGAACGUGUCGUGUGAUCGUGAGGUUAUACUAGGCAUGGACACAGUGCUGCGAGGGGACGACACCCCUCUGCCCCUCUCCCACGAGCCUUCCACCCCCCCAGAUGCAGAGGGGUCGCUAGGGGAGUGCGUGGCGGCGUGUGGGUGUACCCCGAAGUUUUCCCCCGUGUGUGUGGAUGGCCGGGACACCUACUACAGUGCUUGCUACGCCGGGUGCUCCUCCUUCACUACGCCCUUCACGUCCUUCGCCACCAGUAACUCCAGCAGCGGUAACAGCACUAUUGUCAGAACCAGUAAGAAGGUUUACGAAAGAUGUUCCUGUGCUGCUGAGAUCAUGAAUUCAUCCCGCCUCAUGCCCCAGUCAGCCUCCUCGUCAGUGCCUCCGUCAUCACCUCCUUCAGCUUUGCCGUCAGCAGUGGAUGGGUACUGCAGCUACGAGUGUCCCGCCUUUUACAUGUACCUCGCUCUCACUGUGCUGACCAAGAUGACACUGGCGGCCAGCAGAGUGCCCGUCAAUAUCAUGCUUUUCAGGUGUGUGGAGCCCCGUGACAAGGACCUCGGGCUGGGAGUGUUCAAUUCGGUCCUCGCUCUGUGCGCUUUUAUCCCGGCGCCCGUGGUCUUUGGCUGGGCUAUAGACGCCGCGUGUCGCCUGUGGGAGGAAUCCUGCUGGGGUCGCGGCUCCUGUUGGCUGUAUGAUAUCGACGCCUUCAGGAAAACUCUACAUGGUAUUCCGGCAGGUCUCAUGGCAUUGUGCCUUCUCACGGAGUUAAUUCUGAUCUUCCUGCACAAGUCCAUCCACCUCUACGGACCAGCAGAGAAGGCCCCCAAGGAUCGCUGAGGCUUGCGCUGCGCUGCCUCUCGUCGAAACUGGAGCCAAGAUACAUAUCAAUACGUCUCUUGUUUGAGCGGUAUCACUUUUCAGGGGUUGCAUUAUCAUAACGAAAAGGGUGCGUAUCAUCGUCAAAUUUAUGGCCAUAGUAAUACAAUUAUCCGCACAUAUAUUUACCAUAAAAAAAAAUCGUUGCAGCAAGAUAAGAGAAAUCGAGGCACUGUAAUGAGGUGAUUGAUGGAAUGACGCUGUAAGGUGAAGGCUCUAGGGGUUCCUUUCGUCAGUCAGUCUGGAGACGUGAGAGUAUAGGGACUGUUGGAUCUGCUGCGUGUGUUUAACCGAAGCUUGUGGCUGCUCGUCUCCCGCUGCUCAUAAAACACAACCUACAGCUUCCCGAAAUACAGAUCGCAGUAGUGCAAGGAUCCGAACACAGCAUACACGGAGUGAAGCCAAGCAUGAGUAAAGGUAAGAUAGACACCUUUUUCCCCGCAUUGCCUGUUUUAUGCAUUAUUACGUGUUACAUUAAAAAUACAGGACACUAUAAUGCGAAGGCUACUACGGUAAAGUGAAGGCGUGCCUGUAUUUGAUGUAUCCUUGUCUUAGAAAGUUCCGUCGUCUAGUUGCGCAAAUUGAGCAGUUAAGUGAUUGUUAGGGAUAAUGGUUGUUCUGUUGUGAUGGGUUAGCUCUCGUCUCGUUACACAAACUGAGAAAUAGUGACUGUUCAAAAUAAUGAUUGUUAUAGUAAAGCAUAAGUUUCACGCCCACCUUUCCCGCAGCGAUGCACUCGAGUCUCAUUAUCGUUUAUGUCGAAAUGUCAAGUAAUUAGCCCACGUAUUUAGUACAAUUGUAUUGCUCACACUUCGAGAUGGUCUUUCGCCCUGACACCGGUAAACAAUAAGUGUUGUUUUACAAUUAAGAAUAAUAAAGUAAGUAAGCCUGUCGAUGGAGGCUUUCUUUUAAAUUAGACAAUGUUGUGUGCACGAGUGCCAGUAUUUUUAUACGUUAAAAUGACUUACUCGGUAUUAGGUUAACUAUUAUUAAAUCAACAAACUAUAGUUUUCUUUCUUUUCGUAUUAUUAAAUGAUACCAACCUCUACUGUUUGUUGUUAGUCUAGGAUUCACUGCAAGAGUGAAGUUGUUAUGACAGUACGUGUGAUGUUUUCUGUACUACGGAACGCUUGAUCAAGGUGAAAUGUUAAGCCCCGUCCACGCCAUGCCUUGCUGCGCCCUCUUAGUAAUAUUCAAGGAAACUCCUUGGUGGUGGUGAAAGACUGGUCCCUCGCUGAUCAUCUUAGUUGUGUGAGAGCUACUGCGAAGCGAGUCAUUAUUCAAAAGAAAUACGUUUCAGCUUGCUUUAGGAAAUUUUAAAUGAUCGUAUCGCUAACUCAACUGCAAUAGAUAAGUAAAUAGAUAAGAACGAAUUAAGCAUAUAAUACUGGCAGCAGUAACAACAAUAAUAAUGAUCAGCUGACUUUGGCACCAGCCUCCACAUCACGCACGUGGAGGCGGUGCUGUUUCACCACUACGGACUGCCUGGGAUCACGCAGCAAAGUACAGUGUGACGGGCCUCAUAUUAUAGGAUGCAUCCAUAGAGAUGGGAUGGUUUUACAUUUUUUCAUAACGUGCAAUAAAAAACGUUAUUU